UCGCUUCUGGGCUUGCUCUGAGUCUUGUCUUCCCAUCGAUUCCGAUCCUCCCACCAGCAUAUCGUCACCCAUGUACUAGGUUUCCUGCCUUCAUUUGGAAGCCCUUCUCUUCUCACUGCAGUCUGCACCUGAUUUUUGCGCUUUACAGCCACAGGGACGAUUGCUAUUUGAGUUAUUGGGUUCUUUUGCCUUUUUCGAUCUUCAAUUUGAGGUUUUGGGUAUUAGGAAUUUAUGGAUUUCUCGUAAUAUUUUGAGUCUUUGCCUCUAAAAUUUUGUUCCAGCUUUUAUAUAUUUGGGCAAGUGCUGUGUUGAGGUUUCAGUUUUUUUGCUUUCCGGGCAGCUCUGGUUUUAGUUCUUUUGCUUCUUGACCUUCUACUGCUCUCACUCAUUCAUUUGGUGUUGUGUGUCGCAGCCCUGAUUUUACUUCGAAAUUUUUGUAUUACUCGCCAAGUUUCAAAUUAGUUUGACGUAUUUGGGUCAGUACAGCUUGGUUUUCGGUUCUUCAGUUCUCUAUUUUCUCUGCUGCUUUCAAUCCUCAUUUCUAAGGUUUUGGGUUUUUUGACGCUGCUCACUCUGAAUUUUGGGACUAUAAGCUAAAUUUUGAAAUCAGUUGGGCAUUUGGGUCACUGCUCUUUUGGAUCCUCUGGUUCUGAAUUUUGCUGUAGCUUUCAAAUAUUAUUCAAAGGCUAGCUUUGCGGACAGUGUGUUGAGAUUUUUGGGCCUGUGUCUUUAAAGUUUUGGCUUUAGAUUAUGGUGGAUGAGGUACUGUUUUUGAUCGGUUUCAAAACUUAGGCUGUUAUGGAGAGCAGGAGAGAUGGGAAUAUUUGAUUAUAAGAGGGGAAGUAGUUAAACCAGAUCGUUGUAAAGCUGGUCGAAUUUUGCCACUGAUGGAGAAUCCACAAAUGAUGCUCGGCCCAACGGGCCUAAUAAAGAAGCAUGAAUUUGUUAGAGUCAUUAUUCAAUGCCUAUAUUCUUUUGGUUAUGCAAAGUCUGCAUCUUGCUUGGAAUCAGAAUCCGGUAUUUCAUACAAAUCUACAGACUUCAAAAUGCUUGAGUCGCAAGUUCUUAGUGCGAAUUGGGAUGAUUGCAUUCAUACCUUUAAUGGAAUUGAAGAUUUGAUGGAUGACACAAGAUGUUUGGCAUUGUCUCUGGUAUUUAAGCAAUGCUUGCUGGAGUGUUUGAAUCGUGGGGAUGAUUCUUUGGCAUUGGCAGUUCUACGGAAACGGGUUUCUGCAUUAAAAUUGGGCAGAGAGAAGAUUCACAAGCUUGCUCUUUAUAUUCUUUCCAUAAAGGAGACGAGAAUGGACAAGCUGGACGACAGUGACAUCUGUGAAUUGAGAAAAGGGCUGUUGGUAGAGUUGGAAAAUUUGCUUCCUCCGCCUGUUGUGUUGCCUGCAAGACGGUUGGAGCAUUUGGUUGAAAUGGCUGUUAGUGCACAGAUAGAUUCAUGCAUGUAUCAUAAUUUGGAUGAUACCGUUUCACUCUAUGAGGAUCAUUGCUGUGGUAAGGAUCAGAUUCCGAUGGAGACUGUUCAGACUUUAACGGAUCAUAAAAAUGAAGUUUGGUUCGUGCAGUUCUCUAAUAAUGGUAAAUACUUAGCCUCGUCAUCAAGUGAUUGCACUGCCAUUAUAUGGAAGGUUCUGGAAAAUGGUUCAGUAACGUUGAAACAGACCUUGCAAAGUCACCACAAACCAGUAUCCUUCGUAGCAUGGAGCCCUGAUGACACCAUGUUGCUUACUUGUGGAAAUGGGGAAGUCCUCAAGCUAUGGGAUGUGGAAACAGGCACAUGCAAGCGUACAUUUGGCGAUCAUGGCUUCAUUAUCAGUUCGUGUGCAUGGUUUCCCGAUUCAAAGCAAUUUGUGUGUGGCAGCUUUGAACCUGAAAAAGGCAUACGCAUGUUGGACUGUCAUGGGAAUGAGAUAAAGGCAUGGAGAGGAAUGAGGAUGCCCAAAGUUUUGGAUCUUGCUGUGACACCAGAUGGGGAAAAUCUCAUUAGUGUAUUUGCUGAUAAAGAAAUUCGGAUACUGAAUGUGGGGACAAAUGCUGAGCGGAUCAUAUCAGAGAAGCAUUCAAUAACAUCCCUUUCAAUUUCAGGAGAUAGCAAGUUUCUUAUGGUCAACCUUAAUAGCCAAGAGAUCCAUAUGUGGGACAUUGCUGGGAAAUGGAAGGAGCCGUUAAAAUAUUUGGGCCAUGAGCAACGACAAUAUGUGAUACGGUCCUGCUUUGGCGGCUUGAAUAGCAAAUUCAUUGCCAGUGGUAGUGAGAAUUCAAAGCAGGUCUACAUCUGGAACCGACAGAACUCUAAACCUAUUGAGGUUUUAUCAGGCCAUUUAAUGACUGUGAAUUGUGUCAGCUGGAAUCCUAAGAGGCCUCAAAUGUUGGCAUCAGCAAGUGAUGAUGAGACUAUCCGCAUUUGGGGACCUAGACGACCCAUAUUUGAACUACCAAUUUAGACAACCCAUGUAAAUAACUUUGUAUCUUAACCAUUUCUUAUAUGCUCAUCCAUUAUCACUUACAUAUACAAGGCAGAAUGGCGUUCUUUCUUUUGUUCCAAAUUUUGCUUCGAGUCUCUCCUGUAAAUCUUCAUUUCUUCAAGCAGCUGUCUCUCUUGCACCAUCCAAUUCACUGCUGAAAUGUUAAGGCACGUUAAGGACUUCGUUUAGGUAUGUAGAUUGGAGUUCCAACAUUUAUUUAUUUAUUUUUAUAGCUCUUAAAUUGUUGCAUACGCAUCAAUUUACCAGUCAUAAUCGUUGUACUAAGAAUGAAGCAUUUAUUGAUUGACCACUGGUAAUUUGUUUGCAUAA